AUGUCUGUAGCACUUCCAGGCGAUCGAAACAAAGAAUCAGUCGAUAACAUCACGGGUGCACCCGAUAUAGCUGCUCAACAAAAGCUUGAGCAUCAAGCUGCAACACAAUCCUCUUCAUCAAGUCAACAACAUGUUGAUGGUGGAAGUGGACAACAGCAUCUAUCUGAAUCGUCUAAAACGUUCAGCCAACAAGUUAAUGAUAAUAAAACUGGACAACACUAA